AUGAACGACCAACUGAAAACAGUAUCGGCUAUGAACAAACUGUACAUCGGCAACUUGCCGACAGAGGCUGACGAGGCGGCUGUAAGACAACUGUUCGCUGAGCACAACCUCACUGUAGCUGAUAUAUCAGUUAAAAGAGGAGGUUACGCAUUCGUAGACUUCCCUGAUCAGUCGGCUGCAGAUCGCGCCAUUGAUAAGCUGCAUGGCUAUUCCUACUGCGGCCUGCCGUUGAUUGUGGAACCUUCAGUUGCAAACAAAAAAAUUGUGAACGUGACCAACUUGCAAAGCGCGAGUACCACCCAGCUGAAGGAGACCAGCACAACUGAUUCAUCCAAUACAGGAGGUGGAGGCGGAGGCUGGAGGUGA